UUGAAAAACGUUCGUUUUCCAAUUCCUCAAAAAAUCUGACGUUCCACCGGCUCGAGCCACCGCCGCGCUUCUUGCCCUCUCGGAUGCCGCCAGUCCGCCAUUACCAUAUUCCACUUCCAGUAAGAGUACCCUAUCCCCCAGUCCGGGAACCACCCUCUGAAUCCCAGCAGCGCCUUUCGUCGCCGCGGCCGACGGAGCCCCCAGCUCGUUCGCCGGGUCGUUCGUCUUCUCGCCGGUUUGUUACACAUCAGAUUCUUGUAGCGCGGAGGAGGCCGCGAGUCGGAUCCAAAGCUCGAAUCAUUUCCGGAUUUUAACUGCCCCGAGUUCCAGCACAAAGCGAAAUUCCGUGUCUGGAUUCGGAUUUGGAUCUCCGUCGCCGACUGGAGCAGGCCCUCGAUCUUUGGCUGAGCUGAUGGGACUUUUCCCCAGUGUACUCGGCAAAUUCAGAGGAGACCCGCCGCCGAUGGAGAAUAUGGUGGGCAAAUCGCCGGAGCCGGAACCGGAGCUGCCACCGGAUAUGCUCUCGAGCAUCUUUGCCCUCCUCGAGGUCCCUGACCUCGUGCGCGCAGGCUCUGUCUGCUCCUCCUGGCGCUCGGUGUACACUGCACUACGCAGUCAGCUUCUGAAGCACAAACAGCGCCAGACGCCUUGCCUCCUCUACCACACCUCUGAAUCUGCCGGAGAGAACGCAGCUUGCCUCUACAGCCUUGCGGAAAAGAGGGCCUACAAGUUAACCCUCCCUGAUCCACCGAUCCGCAGUAGGUAUCUGAUUGGCUCUUCGCAUGGCUGGCUGAUCACUUCCGAUGAGAGGUCCGAGCUGCACCUUGUAAAUCCAAUCACUGGUGAACAGAUUGUUCUCCCGUCAGUGAUUACUCUUGAGCAAGUCAAGCCGAUCUUUGACGAUGAAGGUUCUGUUCAUAAGUAUGAGUUAUGGAAGCCACGGUACACUGCACUUGCAGAAUUCCUUCGUCACGGGCCGUCAAUUUAUGCUCUCAAUGAGCUCCGUGACCACCUCUACUUCAAGGCAUAUUUGUUUCCUGAUCCGCAAACAGGAAGCUACAUUGUGGUCCUCAUUCAUUUUCCAGAAUACCAGAUUUCAUUUGCAAGGGCAGGGGAUUGUGGGUGGACCUUUCUGCCGCCAGGUUGGAACUAUCAAGAAUGCAUCUACAAGGAUGGUCUACUGUAUGCAGUGACACGAACUGGAGCAAUUGAUGCUUUUGAUCUCUCCGGUCCUACUGUCACAAGGAGGACGGUUCUGGGUGACAUGAAGAAUUAUAUUUGUGAGCACAUAUACAUUGUUCAGGCACCGUGGGGCGAUAUGCUGCAAGUUUGGAGGGAACAGCUCAUUGUAGCUGGUGAUGCUGAUUCGGAGAACAUAAAGGAAACCAGCAAAAUAUUUGUAUAUAAGAUUGACAUGGCAGCAAAAAAGCUUGUGGAAAUAAAUGGCUUGCAUGGCCAUGUGUUGUUUCUUGGGCAUAGCCAGACGCAGUGUCUCAGCGUGGAAGAAUAUCCGCAAUUGAAGGCGAACUGUGUCUACUUCACCGAUGAUGAUGGAUUUAUUUCAUCGUAUCAGAAUAGUAAACGUGAUAUAGGUGUUAUAAAUUUGGAAAACGACACCAGGGAAGAAAUUGUACCUCAGAUUUAUUGCAGCUGGCCAAAUCCCACAUGGAUUACACCCAGUCUUAGAAUGAUGCACUCGGGAUUGAUGUAAUUGUGUUCAAAUGCUAUGACAAUGGAGGCAUACUCCAUUUAUAUUUGUCGAAUCAAUAAUAUAAGGCCCUGUUUGGUUCGUAAGUCCUAGGACUUUUUUUAGUCCCAACUUAUAAGUCCCAAGUCCCUAAAAAGUCCCUACCUGUUUGGUUCCUGGGACUUAACAUGGACUAAAAGACCAUAUUACAACUAUAAGUCCUUAUAAGUCCCUCCUUGAGAGUCUUAUUCCAUAAGUCCCAAAUGCCCACUUUAAGUCCCUAUAAGUCCCUCCUGUUUGGUUUAGAUGGGACUUAAAGGGACUUUUUUCCCUACACCAAUAAGUCCCUGUAACCAAACACCCUCUAAAUAUAUUUUUUAUCUAUGGAGAACUUUUAUCAUGUGUUAAAUUAUUGCCACUGUCAUGUGCAAAGUUGGAGCUUAGAUGGCCUGGCCCAAGGUCCUUGUGAAAAUGUUAACGCAACUGUGUUGUACAAGGAAGAUAGUUACUGAACAGAGAAGUUUAGGAUAUUCAGGUACUUUGAGACGCUUAAUUUGGUGGAUCUGAUUUAUUCUUUCACUCAAUUCUUUCAAGAAAACUGUUGAAGCCAAUAAGAUACCAUUAGAUACUAUUGGAAAUGUAAUACCUUGUAAUUAUGAGCAUUAGACACACAAGUUUUCUACUGGUGAUCAGCCAAUAAGGACAUCCUUAUCUUUGAGUGCUCUCUAAAAAAAAACUCGUGUACCUUUUAGGAUUUUAUUUGGUCGCGAGAUCUUAUGGGUUUCACCUCUAGCCUACCCCAACUUGUUUGGGACUAAAGGCUUUGUUGUUGUUGUUGUUUGUACCUUUUAGGAUUUUAUUUGGUUUCCAUAUCAGUUGAGUUAUUGUUAUUCUUUGGAGAUGGAAGAUCAAAGGCCUACAGAUGUUUGUCGAGGUACUCUCCUUCCUAAAAUUAGAUUAUGUUCCCUGCCUUUUUGUUUUUGAUAUAAAUGCUCAGUAUUUCCUUCCAGCAUGUUUUGUUUUUGUUAGGCAAAAUUUCAGUAUUUAGGUAUUGCAGAAGUGAGGUUACCAAUGCCAAAUUUUAUUUGAUUUUUAGGUUUUUGGUACAAGAUCUGCUAUUCGAAGCUGCACUAAUGAAGAGUAAGAUCUACUGUCCUUCUCUGUUUACAAACAUACAUAUCUGUACGGAUUCAAAGAUAUGGUUAUACAGAGAUAUUUCUAGGUGCAAAAAUAAAGUUUGCUUUGGCUUAUUGUUUUAACUCCCAGGUUGUAGUGUUUCGUUUUUGGCAUGUUCCAGUUAUAUGUUCAAUUUUUCAUGAUUUCUUUUUCAAUGCAUGUCUCUCUGAUAUGGCCUUUAGUAUUUAUUGCAUCAUCAUACAUAUUAGUUAUUAGAUUAGAGUUAUCUUUUUUCAAGUGGUUCUGCAAUAAUGAAGUCAUCCUAUUGUAUAAUGGUAUGUUGCACAAUGCACACUGGAGGCAUGCCUGAGGACAUGAUUCAUAAUUAAAACAGUAUCGACGUAAGUCUAGAAAAAAGUCUAUAUUACACAAGAGAUAGAAAUGAUCUGUAAGGCCUGGUGCUUCAGUGUUUUGGUGCCAAUAGCUGCCAUAUCAUCUUCUUUUGUACUGUAGUUAGCUAAAGUUUGAUAUAUUGGUGUUGAUAUUAUGGUACCUCCUUGUCAGAUGCAGAUUUGUGUAAUUCUUAACUUCUUAUGAAGACUUGUUGAGGUUGGCUCCUUAUCUUCCCUUUAUUGGAAGAAUUUUCCUCAGUAGUGAAUUGGCCCGUUGUGGACAUUGCAGAUCCCACCAGAGCAAGAACACCACACAGGAUUAUAACGAUUUCUUACUAACUGAUUCAGAUGAAAUCGAAUCAGCUUCAUCAUUAUUGUUUUUUUAGAUGGAAUUUUUCAUCAUUAUUGUUCAAGCACCAGCAAAGUGAUGUAGAAAAUACCUCCUGACAAUAGUAAAAGAACUAUUUCGCAGAUGCACAUGAUGCAGAUUGCCGCUAUGCACAAGUGGUCAGGCAGCUGAAUAGGUUGUCAAGACCAGAGGAAAUUUUGCUAAAGAUCAACUUUGAUGCUUCUUUUCUACUCCUCCGUCCCAUAAUAUAAGAUUGUUUUGCAAGCUAAAACAGCUUGCAAAAUCAUCUUAUAUUGUGGGACGGAGGUAGUAUAAAAUAAUAGAGUGGCCAAACCUGCAAUGGUGUCAUGGCUUGCAAAGUCGCAAUCACGAAGGGAAUGUUCUACUGGCUGCUGCUCUAAACAUCUAAAUCUUUGAAAAUACGUUUUUUUGGUCAUACAACUUGUCAUUUGGUUCAAAUACAGUCACUCUGUUCCAGCACAUGCGUAUUCAGCAUGCAUGGGUCCACUGUCAGCGACCUGCACUGUUUCAUGCCGACACGCUCGCGGCUUUUUUGCCCAACCCCCCUCGAAUCUUGUCUAUUUGUGGCUGCCGCGUCUCUCCUAACCGCUUCAUCUCCUGACCAUUCCGAGGCGGAUACGGAGGCGUCGGAGGCGGUGUGUCAAGGCGGCCGUCGUUGGAGGAGAUGGACGACCCGCGUCGUCGACGUCUGAGUGAAGCAGCGCCGUCAUAUGGUUAGUCUCUUCUCCUCUUUGUCUCGUUUCUCUCCUCUGCUCCCCGCUAUCUUUUCUGUGCCUUGUAUCGCCAAGGUAGGGUUCAUGUAUGGUGGCGCGAUCACAAUUAAUUCAUUCACGUACGUAUUGUGAGUAAACGAUUUUUGCCGUACGCAUUACAUUUGUAGGAUCUAUUUCUCCUGUUUGGCAAUUCAAGCUAGGGUUUUUCUGGGGGUUAAGAACGAGGAAGCUUUAUGUGUGCAAAAGUAAGAUCAAAACAACAGAUCAAUCAUUUUAGGCACAGUUUCGCUAAGAUGGUGGUUGAUCAAUUUGUUCAGUAAGGUUGGGGUUCCAGAUGUUUACUGAAUUUUCGUUAGACUGCAUACACUGAAUAUGUUUGCAGAUUCAGUUAACUGAAUAUGCUGCACAUUAUGUGACUGAAUUUGUUAACUUCAAAUGUUAUCUGCACAUUAUGUGCUGUAUUGGCAAGUGAUAACUAUUUGUUUUAUUGGCAAUUAACUGAAUUUGUUAUCUGCUGCAGUGUUAACUGAAUUUGUGCGCAGAACAUGGUGACUGAAUUUCUGCAGUGGACAUGUUAUAUUCAAAGCUGCUAUAUCUCUCCCUGUUAAAUAUGGGUGAUUCCUUGUUGCAAAUUAUACAUUUUCUGUUUGGAGCUAUCUCUCUGCCUGGUAAUAAUCAGUAUGCAUAUGUCUGAUUCAUGAUGAUGGUCACUGUGUGCAGAAAGUUCAUGGUUAAAUUCAGUACAAGUCUGUACUGCAUCUCUGUUGUAAAAUUCAGUACUGAGCUGCAUUCUUUGUGAUAAUUUCAUGGUUAAAUUCAGUACAAAACCGUACUGCAUUUUGUAUGUAAAAUUCAGUAUAGAUCUGUACUGCAGUUUCAUCCCAAAAUUCAGUACAGAGCUAUGCUACAGUUUCAUCCAAAAAUCAGUAUAGAGAUGUAAAAUGCAGUACUUC